CCUGCGCGCUCGCCGGCCCUCGGGCCCUGCCACCGCCUGCAGAACCUCGUCUGCCGCUGCUGCCAGCCUCCCGCCGCACCGCUGCCAUGGCCCACGGCCCCAGCGCGCUGCCCGCCAUGCCGCCCAAUGGCGCCCCCGUCAACCGCAAGAAGCAGAAGCGGCGCGAGAAGGAGGCCGCGAAGAAGGCCGCCCACCCGGACCCCGCCCUGCUGCGCGACCCGCCGUCCGACGACGACGCCGACUUCUACUCGGACGACGACGCCGCGCCCUACGACCAGCACGCCUACGCCGCCAACGGCCACUACCCGCAGCCCUACGCCCACGCCCACGCUCACGCCCACGCUCACGCUCACACCCUCGCCCACGCCCCCAUGGCCGCGCCCGCUGCCAAGAAGGCGAAGCGCAAGAAGAGGCCCGCCCCGCCGCCGCCGCCGCCGCCGCUGGCCUACGCGUCGCACCCCGUGCCGCGCCACAGCCCGCCGCCCGCUCACGCCCACGCUCACGCCCACGCCCCCGCCCCGCGCAAGGAUCGCAUCUGGAACACGUCGACCCAGGAGGAGCGCGAGCGCAUCCGCGAGUUCUGGCUGUCGCUCGGCGAGGACGAGCGCAAGUCGCUGGUCAAGAUCGAGAAGGAGGCCGUCCUGCGCAAGAUGAAGGAGCAGCAGAAGCACUCGUGCAGCUGCUCCGUGUGCGGCCGCAAGCGCACCGCCAUCGAGGAGGAGCUGGAGGUUCUAUAUGAUGCAUAUUAUGAAGAACUCGAGCAUGCCCCGCACCCGCGCCCGCUCAUGGCCCCCCACCCCCCGCCUGCCCAUGGCCGCCGCUACGCCGACGACGACGACGAUGAGGAGGACGACGAUGACGACGACGACUACUCGGGCGAGGAAGAGGACUAUUCCAACAGCGACAUCUCGUCCGAGGGCGACUACAGCUCCGAGGAGCGCAGUCUGCCGCCGCCCGAAGCCUCCGACUUCCUCCACUUUGGAAGCAGCCUGCAGGUCAAAGGGGGGAUACUGACCGUUGCCGACGAUCUGCUCAAGAACGACGGGAAGAAGUUCAUCGAGAUGAUGGAGCAGCUUGCCGAGCGCCGAAUGCAGCGAGAAGAGGAGGCCCAAUACCAGGCUCACCCAAGCAUGUACCAGACCCACAACUCCCACACCCACGGCCCUCCGCCCGAAGAAGACGACUUUGACGACGAGGGGGACGAGGAAGAGGGCUACGAGGACGAGGACUAUGAGGAGGACGACGAGGACGAGGACGAUACCAUGACGGAGGAGCAGAGGAUGGAGGAGGGGCGGCGAAUGUUUCAGAUUUUUGCAGCGCGCAUGUUUGAGCAACGAGUCCUCCAGGCGUAUCGAGAAAAGGUGGCUGCAGAGCGCCAACAGCGGCUGCUCGAGGAGCUCGCCGAGGAGGACGAGCGCAAAGACCAGAAAGAGGCCAAGAAGCUGAAAGAGGCCCAGAAACGGAAAGAGAAAAAGGACAAGCAGAGACAGCAGAAGGCUGAGGAGAAGGCUCGCAAGGAUGCCGAGCAGGCCGCCAAAGAAGCUGAGCUCAAAGCUGCAGAGGAGAAGCGACUGGAGGAGCAACGUAAGAAGCGGGAGGAGGCGCGGAGAAAGAAAGAGGCCGAACGCAAGGCCCAGGAAGAAGAGAAGCAGCGAAAGGAAGCCGAACGCCAGAAACGCCAGCUAGAAGAGCGGGAACGGCAGCAGGAAUCCGAGAGGAAAGCACGUGAAGCCAAAGCCCACGAGAAGAAGGCCAAAGAGGAGGUCAAGCGAAAGGAGCGCGAAGAGCGAGAGAGAGAGGCUCGUGAAAAGAAGGGUCAGGAAGACAAAGAGAGGAGAGAACGCGAUGCGAAGGCAAAAGCAGACAAGCAUGCUGCGGCAGUUGGUGCACGGAAGGCGUCACAGCCACCCGUUGCGCUGCCACCCCAGUUGUUGAAGCAAACAUCGUCUUCCGGCAUGCCUUCACCUCACGUCACUCCAGCCCUGCCCAAGGCGCCGACGCCCAAUCGACCUCGUCAAGCCUCACAGCAAGGCUCGCACGGUUCCUCGCCGAACACACCACAGGCCGCGCCAGGGACCAGCAAAUCCAUCUCGCCCUCCAACGGCCACAGACCUGUUAUGCCAAAGUCGAUCUUGACAAAACCAACAGCUGGGCAGCAGCAAAAUUAUCUUCAGCACGGUCAGCCAGGGCUACCAAUGCCUCCAUUCGCACCUCCACCGGGCAUGCCAGGGCCACCAGGGCUUAACAUGGGUGGAAUGCCCCCAGGUCUGAACGGCUUCCCCGGACAAGGCUCGAUGAUACCCGGCAUGAUGGCUCCUCGUCCAGGCAUGCCUCCGUUCCCGCCGCAGCUUGGCACACAGAACUUUCGCGGCUUCCCUCCGCCAGGGAUGCCAAUGGGUCGCGGGUUCCCGAUCGAUGGUCCCCCAGGCUUUGGACCCAUGGCAGGAUUCGGAGGACCAAAUCAGAUCCCUGGGUUCGGCAUGGGAAUGUCACCCCAUUCAAGACAAGGUUCUGGAUCCUUCGACAGGCUGCCAAGUGUUGACAGUCCCAUCUCGGGUCCUCAGGCCCAGCCAAUACAGCGACCAACGCCCAUCAAGCGUCCAUCGAGCAACAAAGCAGGAGACGAUGAUGUACGACCUGAUAUCGACGACCUUGCCGACCACUUGGGCAGCAAGGCUCUACUGGACGACGCAGAAGACAUUCCCGAGCCUCUUGAGCGGCGAUCAAGCGUACAGCAGCACGGUUCCUUCAGAGGCACUUCUAUGGGUUUCGGAUUCGCAGACGCGCCGAUACCCUCCAGAAACGAUUCUUUCUCUGCGUUUGGAGCGCCCGGUGGCAACAUCUGGGGAACACCGCCUAUGCCGUUCUCAUUGGGCUCUGGGGCCUCAUGGGGCAACUCACCCACGUCUGGGUUCUUCAACAAUCCAUUCCCUGUAAGCAACAUGCGCACCAACGAGCGCGGGCCCAAUGAACAACGCAUAGUAUGGCUGCGUCGUAUGGUGUGCACCGCAUGUAAGAUUGUGGCCGCUCGCCAGCCUACACAAGACGGCUAUGUUGAUGCAGCAGAGGUGCACCAGCAGAUUGACAACCUGCGAGUCCCCAGCGAGCCGGCCGUCACGGCUGAGGAGAUCAAGGAAGCGUGUGAUAUCAUUGACACAACUCAGACCAACGGCGGUGGUACUCUCGAAUACAAGGAAUCUGGACCAGGCCAUCUUACGCACAUCAAGUUCGUGGACAUGGCCGCGCCGGCGCCAGCGACGCUGGGUGAGAUUGGCAGCCCGGUCCCAAGCCAUAGUGUUCUGGUUGGUGGUUUUGGCAACCCCAGACCUUUACUGGGUCUUGGACCUUUUCCUGCACAGGGGUUUUAAGCACGUGCGUCGAGCCUCUUUUCCCUUUCUUUUGCCAGUGGCUGCAUCAGUAUUUGGUAGCUGCGUGGACCUGGACUUCUUCAACUCUUUAGCUCGUCUCUAUCAAUGCGCCUCCUUCAGGAAGGCAGCCAAGUUCAUCUCUCGCCCAG